UUUGAAGGUCAGGACCGACAGUUUCCGGUUUCAAAUGCGUCAAACUUGACGCAGCUGCUCCUUCAGUUCUGUUGUAGCUGCUUGGUAACUUCAUGUCACCAGACUCCUGAGCGCCGAGUCUUGAAAGACCAUGAGACGGUUUCGCCAGCGAACAACGCGAAAGGAGAAUAUGUUCGAGUGCUCGAAGUUCAACCCGGSUUUUACCGAAAGAAUCUUCAAAAGUCGUCUUUUUCAUUUUAACUGACGUCCAGUCCGGCUUGUAGGACCGACAGGCAGCGAACUUUAAAACCCCAUCGCMGCGACGAAUCUCGCCCUUCGAAGACGACUCGAUAAAAUCAGGUUUUACAUGUUAUAAAAUUGUUCAUACAGACGUCAUGCUUAGGAGCUGCCUGCAUAAAGCUCUCUGGCCGGCUGUGCAGAAGUUACCGUCGGGACUGAAGCAUGGUCCAGGGGCGGCGGUGAUAGCGAGGAGGCUACCGCCGGGGACAGGGCGACAAACUCCGGGCUGCUGGAUGGGAACCCACGGGAGGAACGAGCCUCUGGAGCCGCUCAACUCCCCAACGAGGGCCAAAGAGUUUAUCUAUCGUUUACACCCGAAUGAGAGGAAAUGUUUACUCAUAGAGCUGCAGAGUUUCGAGUCCAAAGCCAUUGCUCAAGAGACACUGGAGCCAACGCCGCCGACUGCAGCCCAGAUCAGAUAUGUUUUAUUCCACAAUGCCAUUCCCUUUGUUGGAUUUGGUUUUCUGGAUAACGCCAUCAUGAUAGCAGCAGGAACACAGAUUGAGCUCUCCAUUGGAGUCACUUUGGGGAUCUCCACUAUGGCUGCUGCAGCUCUGGGGAACCUGGUUUCAGAUCUGGCAGGUCUCGG